AUGGCUAAGGUGUGUCCUCAAGCUCCCCAAGUUCUCUCUAUCCCUCCCAACAUGAGUGGCUCUUCAAAGAGAGAAACUUAUACCAUUUGGAUGAAAUCACUUGUGUGCCAUACCAAUGGUUGCACGAUCUAUAAUUCCAAUGGUGACGUCGUUUAUCGAGUGGACAACUACGACAAAAGUGUAGCAACGAAGUUCAUCUCAUGGAUCUCCAAGGCAAGUUCUUUAUACCAUACAUUGAUUGCCCCUUCUAAAGUGGAGAAGGAGAAGCCUUGGUUUCAAGUGACAAGAUAUUGUAGAAUGUUUAUGGGAAGCAUAGCUUGUCAAAUUACAGUAGAUUGUGACAAGUACUGGAUAGUGAGAUUGGCAGGCAAGAGUACUGUAAGAUUUAGAAUUGUUGACGUUGAUGGAGAUAUCGUUGCAGAGGCAAAGCAGAAGGUAUCAUCUUCUGGGGUAGUUCUGGGGAGUGAUGUAUUAACUCUGGAGGUGGUGCCUCAUAUGGAGCAUGCCCUUAUAAUGGCUAUAAUAGCUGUGUAUGGAUUGCUUUGUCGCAAAAUGUAA